AUGUUGAAAACAAUUAUAUAUCCUAAAGAUUUUGAUUCAGUCUCAGGUUGGAUACCCUAUGUUGGUGAUGGAAGUGUUUUAAAAGAACCGGUAAGAAAUCUUGCAAAUGAUGCUGAUUUAGCUAGAGUGAGAGUUGUUGCUCGAAACACAAUACAAAGAGUAGCACGAGCAGCUAAUCAUGAAUUCGAAAAACGAGUAAUUCAGUACAAUAAUAUUGUUGAGAAUAAUAGGUGGGGUAAUUACAUAAAUUGGAAAUUAUAUCCUUUAUUGGGUCUGUUGGAAGAUAGAAAAGUUUCCAUAGGGUUACCAUAUAAAAUUCAUCUACAAAGAGAAAUCAACGAUGAUAAGAUAUUUUUUUGCGGCGGAAUAUCUGCCGCAGUCAAAGCUGCCAACGCAAAGAAAGCAGCUGAUCCUAAAGCCGCUGAAGAACGUAGACAUAAUUUAAUAAUGGAAAAGGAAGCAAAAGGUUCAGGAGUGGGAGAUAUGAUAGGCACAAUAAAAUAA